UUACAGAUGUGGAGAUUGAACUAUGCAACUGCCAGUGAAUAAUAAUUAGCAGAAGAGGAACCCAGGAGAACUCAGCAUCAAAGAAAGGGCGUUGGAAAGUCAGUAUUUCAAACUCUCACUGCCUCUCCAUCUCCAUUAGACAGUAUAAAGGGAAACUGUAAACAGCUAAUACUUCACUCACCCAGGAAAACAGUGAGAGUUUCUGACAGAGAAACUGCAACCAUCUGAGAAGGCAGUUUCUCUAUUAACAACGGCAUUUCUUCCAGGUUACCAUGAGGUUCCUGUGGAUCUUACACUGUGUCUUGGGAGUCUACACGAUGGAGGCUGGAGAAGAUUAUACCUCAGAGACUGAUGUUCUGGAUUCCCUCUUACCCCUGCUUUUGAACAACACAUUCAUGGCUGAGAGUGCAGCUGGAUUGGGAGUGAUGGAGCUCUCGAGCGUGUGUGAGAUCACAGUGCUGACUAGUUCCUUAACCAGCCCCGGAGAGCAGGAAGCAGUGAGCCCUGUAACUCAGGAAGACCUCAACCUUGUCAAGAAUCUCUUGAAUGGCAGCAGUUCUGUACUGGAGAGCUUGGCAUCUGCAGUUAACAAAGAGAUUGGGAAAGUAAGCUACCAAUCACUGAUCACAACCACAGUCCAGGACAUUAAACAACAGAAUGAGCUAUCCAAUAACAUCAUGACAGAGAUCUUCCAAGCCCUUGACUCAGAACCAACAGCAGAUAACCAUGUGAAACAGUUCAAGGAGAAUGUUUGGAAGAUGGAAACGAUGCUGCAGACUAUCGAUCUCCUUGCCAGCCAGGUUGAGGACCUGUCAGACACUCUCUCCACAAAACUAAACCACCACGUGGGCAAGUCUCAUACCGUGGAGUCUAUCCAAUACAAGAACUGAGAGGAGGCUGGUUACCCUGUGUAUUAAACACCAUGUCCCACCAUCAAUUAGCUCACAUUUCAGAUUUUAACAUCUUUUCUUGACAAGAUUCCAGCAUUUGCAGAAAGGGUCAAACAAUGAGCUAAAGACACCAGUCCCUGUUUCCUGCGUGGCAAUGCUCUAUAGUCUGACAAAUCAUUUUUACUCACUCGCUUCUGAUCUAAGUUCUGUUCUUUGUUCUGUUCAAAUCUAUUUACUGUCUACCUUGCAUUGUGGUUCAAUGCAUUGCCAGCGCAUCAACAGCUGUGUGCACCCAUUUUAUGUUUCCCAGUGUUGCCAUAUGUAGGGUCAUGUUUCCAAACAGGCCGCUAAUGAUAUUAAAAAUUGCUUACUAUUCACUUCUGUAAAUGGCUGCCUUGCUGCAUAUGUUCAAACUCACGAAGUUGUAACAUUUUAAUAAAUGUUAAGAAAUGAUGUGUUCUGUGAAGGGCUCACCUGGUAAUAACCCCCUCACUGGGAUUCUCCAGUGUUUCAAAAGUCGAGUGAUCCCUCAGUUCUCAUAGUGCUGCUCUGGGCAGGUUCCAAAGGAAGGACUUUGGACAAGGAAGUCUUUGAUCUUUAUUCAAUACCACACCAUUGAGGCCUCAUAAAGAUCAAGACCCCCAUAUUCCAAGUGCAGUUGAUCCAGAAUUUCUCCAAAUGUUGAAACUUGUAUUAAAAGAAAACACAUCCCAAAUGAUACAGUCAUCACAGGAACACAUAAAUGUUUCAGAGCAGAGGCUGAGUGAAUGAAGUACAUUUAAACUUUUACAAAGAUCUGAUAAACAUACGUCAGAAAAAUAAAGAACUUUUUAAAUGCA